UUUUAUUUUUACUUUUUUUUUUUUUUUUUACUCUAAUUUCUUUUUUAUUGAUACAUAAUGAAGGAAUCUAAUGAAAAUGCCUAUCCUUCUGAUGAUAGAGUAGAUGUUAGUGAUUACCGAGGAUCAAGUGGUUUAAAGGGUAUGGUUGAAAAUCCCUAUGUGUUGGCUACUGCUCUAUUUGCAUCUCUUGGUGGUGUCUUGUUUGGUUACGAUCAAGGAGUAAUCUCUGGUAUUCAAGAAAUGGAGACUUUCAAAGCAAGAUUCGAUAUGAGUACAACAGAAAAUGCUUUUGUAGUAGCUAUUCUUACUCUUGGUUGUUGGGUUGGUGCACUUAUAGUUGGAUACUUUGCAGACAAGAUUGGUCGUAAAUACUCUAUAGUUUUGAAUGGUAUCGUUUUCUUAAUUGGUAGUUCUUUCCAAGGUGGUGCUCAAACUGUUCCUUAUCUCAUGGCAGGUAGAUUUGUAGCAGGUUUAUCUAUUGGUGGUCUUAGUAUGCUCGUACCUUUAUAUCAAUCUGAAAUUGCUCCUCCCGAAAUAAGAGGUUCUCUUGUCUCACUUCAACAAUUGGCUGUUACUUUUGGUAUUCUUAUUUCUUUUUGGAUUGAUUAUGGUUGUCAAAACAUUCCUAGUGAAGCUCAAUGGCGAGUACCUUUUUGUAUUCAAAUUGCUCUUGGUCUUCUUCUUGUUAUCGGUAUCUUCUUUUUCCCUUUCUCUCCUCGUUGGUUAAUGGCUCAAGGUCGUGACGAUGAAGCUCUUCAAGUCUUAUCUAAAUUGCGCCGUGUACCUAUUAACCAUCCUCGUGUGCAAGAAGAAUAUCGUGAUAUCAAGGUCACCGUCAUCUUUGAACAACGUGUUGAAGCUCAACGUUUCCCUGAUCUUAGCAAUGGUACCACUAUGGAUCAGUUUAAGAUUGGUUGUUACGGUUAUCUCGAUUUAUUCAAGGCUGGUAUGUUCAAGCGUCUUUUCAUUGCAUGUGCUCUUCAAUUCUUCCAACAAUUUUCUGGUAUCAAUGCCAUCAUUUAUUAUGCUCCUAAGAUUAUGAAAUCACUUGGUCUCACUGGUAACUCUGUUUCUUUAUUGGCUACUGGUGUGAUUGGUAUUAUCAACUUCCUUUGUACUUUUAUCACUGUGUUAUACUUGGAUAAAUUUGGUCGAAAGAAAUUCUUGUUGACUGCUUCAGUCUGUCUUACUCUUUGUAUGGUGAUUGUUGCUGCUAUAGUUGGUGUUUAUGAAGAUGAUUGGCCAAACCAUAUUGCUCAAGGUUGGGUUUCUGUUGCCUUCAUUUAUUUCUAUAUUGCCAAUUUUGCCUAUUCCUUUGGUCCUUUAGGUUGGGUUAUCCCCUCUGAAAUCUUCCCAUUACGUGUUCGCUCCAAAGCCAUGUCCAUCAGUACAUCAGCAAAUUGGAUGUGUAAUUUCAUCAUCGGAUUGAUUACUCCUAUCAUGUUAGAUUCUAUUCGAUUUUAUACCUACGUCUUCUUCGCCAUCUUUUGUUUUAUUUCCUUCUUCUUUGUCUUCUUUAUGAUUCCUGAAACAAAAGGUAGAAGUUUGGAAGAUAUGGAUGCUGUAUUUGGUGGUCAAACUGCUGCUGAAGAUACUGCCAUUUUGGAUCAAGUCAAAACCGAAGUGUAUGGUCAACAAAGUGCUACCAAACCCUCUUCAACUCAAUUACAAUACGAAAAGGAGGAAUUUUAGUUAUCUUUCCUUUUGAUCUUUUUUUUUUUUAUAGUUUAGUCACUCUUCUUAUUAUUAUUGUUACUAUUACUUUUUUUUUUCCUACUACUUCUUGUUAUUAUAAUUUUUUCAGUUUAUGUGAUUGUUAUUGCUGUGCAAAUAAAACAUAUGUGUAUUUUUGAAUAAAAACUUGGAAACCGG